AAAAAGCCCCCAAAUCCCCCACCCAAACCCUAAAUCUCUCGAACCGCCUCCGCUUUUCCCUCGUCUCCGCUUCCUUCUCUCCGACUUUUUCCCCUCCGGUUCCUUUUCCUACGGAUCGGACGAUUCCUCUUCCUCUUCUUCUCCAGCUUCUUUUUUUUCUUCCUUUUUUUCUCUCUGUAAUUUACUCCUUAAAAACUAACUGUAUUCCUCUUGAAUUUAAUAUUGGCCGUCCGAUCUGAGAUCGUUCCAGAUCUACGACGAGGAUUAAUUAGACGGAAGAAUCAUGGCGGUGACGGGGAGACCGAUGAAGCGGCUGGUGAAGAGGCGAGUCACUGCCGAUCUCAGUGACUUCCUCACGUUCCCGAGCGGCGGCGAUCUGGCAGCCGCAAAGCCGUUCAGAACCACCGUCAGGGCGCUCCUGACGAAGCACGCGUUUCUCCCUCCCCCUUCGACGCUCUUCCCUCACCUUCUCGCCUGGCAAAUCCUCUUCCGCGUGGGCGACGUAGCCGUGGACGACGGCGGACCGGCCAUCGUCUGCCUGGACGUCGUGGAGGAGGAUGUUGCCAGAUCUAGAUCCGUUUAUUGCGAUCAGUGUCGCGUCGUUGGAUGGAGUAGCAAUCCCGUGAGCGCAAAGCGGUACCAUUUCAUAAUCAAAGCUGAUGGAAAUUCGAUUGCUGGCUACAAUAAGACGUGUGCCGGCUGCGGUGACGCCCUUCAUAUGACUGAUUCCAGAUGCAAGUCAUGCAAUCAUGUAAUGACAACGGAAGAUGUCGAAGACUGGAUGUAUCAGCAGCUAGACAACACGACACAUCUGUUGCAUGGUGUCGUUCAUGCAAACGGCUACGGCCAUCUUCUUAGAGUAAAUGGUAGAGAAGGUGGAUCCUGCCUUCUUUCGGGACGACAUAUAAUGAAUUUCUGGGAUAGGCUUUGCAGAAUGCUUGGAGUCAGAAAGGUCAGCGUGAUGGACGUGUCGAAGAAGAAUGGUCUGGAGCUCCGAUUGCUUCAUGCUGUGGUUAACGGCCAUCCGUGGUAUGGAGAUUGGGGCUAUCAGUUUGGUGCGGGCAGUUUCUCGUUGAACCUGGACGACUAUAAUAUGGCAAUCGAGAAUCUCUCCUCUCUGCCACUGUCUUUGUUUCAGGCUCAAGGAAGGAAGCCUCGGACUCGCCUGCAGGAUUUGAUAUCAUUUUACCAGUCCAUAUCUGAAAGGGAGCUUGUGAACAUCCGUGACCUGUUUUCUUUCUUGACGGGUUUGAUUCACGAUCGCCAUCAGCAGUCCUCGGUGAGGGCGGAUGAAUCUUCUCGGAAGAAACUUAGGACUACUAACUCGAGUGCUUUGUGUUCUUGGACUACUGAUAAUGUAAGACACGUGGAGGAAGCCAUGUUCAAAGUGUUGCGUGCUGUUAGUGGAUCCACCUGGGUGAGUUGGCGUGCUCUUAGAGGUGCUGUUUGCAGAGUAGGUCCACCAGAGCUUUUGGAUUACUGCCUUAAAGAACUCAAGGGGAAACAGGCAGCUCCCGGCAUGAUAGUUGCUGCUCGGUGCAUUUCUGAUUCUGGUGCCAUGGAGUACAGAGUCGAGCCAGGAAGCGAAUCCAUUCCAGGCAGUACAUGUUUGAACAGCUUCCCUAUGCCAUGUAAUGAAGGUCUUGUGGGGGAUCUUAAGUAUUUUUACGAGAGUCUUCUCCAUCCGGAAGCAAUGGCGGGUGUAGGUAAACGAGAAGUUGCAGUUAGGUCCGCCACAAAGAUUCUGGAUUGCAAGCAAUUUGUGAAGGACUACUUGCCAGGGCAUUUCCUGCAAGUUUCCAAGGAAAAUACAGUGCAAGUACUAUGUGAGGUUGAUCUGAUGGAGAAUCAUGAUAAUCCUCCGCCAGAGCUAAUGGUGCUAUCCGCAGAUGCGACGAUUGGUGAGCUGAAGGUCGAAGCAAUGAGGGGGUUCCAAGAUGUGUAUUUGAUGUUGAGAAGGUUUGAAGCGGAGGAGGUGGUUGGUUACGGUGGUGUUGGUGAAUCCACUCAAAUCAGACUAUUGCUAGGGUCGAUGGAGCGUGUGCGCAUCCGGGGGAAGUUGCACGGGAAAAAUGGUGCGAGUAGGUUUAGAAUGGAAAGGGGGAUAGAGAGAUGGAUAGUGGAUUGCUUAUGUGGUGCAAAGGAUGAUGACGGGGAGAGAAUGCUGGCAUGCGACGUAUGUGGGAUAUGGCAGCAUACUAGAUGUUGUGGGAUUCCGGACUCGGAUGGUGUUCCGGUCAAGUUUUUUUGCCACAGAUGUAGACGGAAAUAAAUGGGGGCUGGAUAAUGUUUUUGUUGAUGCCGCCGCCGGGGUGUGAUGGAUCAGUACUCAUCGAUUCGACCAAGAGCAACACUGCAGAGAAGGACUCUCCAGCGAAUUUAAGCUUGAGAGGGUAUGAAAU